AUGAUUGUAUUGCCUUCUUCGCCAAAAGAGCAGGAGCCAGUUAAAGAGGCUGAGCCAUCCAAUGCGCCCCCACCUGACAAUGCCGACGAGGAAGAGGAGGAUAUGGAAGAAGAAGAUAGCGAAGAUGACAUUGAAAUCAUUACUGAUGGACCAGUACCUGCACCUAUCAAGCACUCGAUAGACUAUAGACCACAAGCAGCCGUCAAUCGGACGUCCAACUACUCAGCCCCUCAAAGCACUUUGACCACGGAAUAUAAACCUUUAGAGCGUGAGACUAAGAAACUUGCUGUAUCACCGGCAGUAGCCCAGCCGCCAGUGCAAGAACUUGCCACGAAGCCACAGGAGAGCACUUCAAAUGAACCCCAAGUCGACCCAUCGACUCUUCCAGUAGCUCGAGCCCCAGCUUCAGCGCCAAAGAUUGAGUUGGACAAGGAUGGCCUACUAGACGGAAGGUCGAUCUACGAUGUCGACAUUGCCGCUCUUGAGAGCAAGGCUUGGAGGCGUCCGGGAGCUGACCUUAGUGAUUGGUUCAAUUAUGGCUUUGACGAGAUAUCUUGGGAAGCGUAUGCUGCUCGCCGAAAGCAGCUGGGAGAUAUGGCGCCAAUCCUCAAGGCGAAUGUUCUGACCUUGUCUGGGAUGACGGAAGAACAAGUCCUCAAUAUGCCCAGCGACUUGCGCGGAAUGGUCAUGAUGUCCUCCAAUCUUGCCGCAAACAACAUGGGAAACAUGAAUGCCCCGAAUAUGAUGCCAAAUCCAGGUGGCAUGCAUCCAGACAUGAUGAUGAACAUGGGCAUGAUGGGGAACAUGCCGGGAGGGCCAGAUAUGAGCGCAGCCGGACAACAAGGCAUGAUGCAGCCUAUGGAACCCGACAUGUCUCAGUCAGGUAUGAUGCAAGGAAUGGACUUUCAAGGGGGCAAUAUGAACCAAGGAAUGGAUUACCAGGAAUCCACUCCGGUGCAGGCGCCACCAAGUGGAGGAGGCUUUUCAAUGGAAGGUGUACCCUCAGGACCAUCUCGAGGAGUACCCUUCAAAGCAAGGCCACCAUCAACUGCAACUCCACCUACUGCUCCUCGUGCGCGAGCUUCAACAGCUGCUCGGGGUCGCGGCCUUGCUCCACCUACCGGGCCAAGAGCGGCGUCUCCACUUCCACCAAACGUACCAACAGGACCUCGAGGGCAGCACAGAUACAAAGACCGCGAUACGGGUGCACCAGGCUCAGAGCCACUGGACUAUGGUGGGGAUGGUUACUCCCGGUCGUCGGACAGAGGAAGAGGAGACGAGUUUGGACGAGAUAUGGAUCGUUCAAGGGACGACGAUAGCAAGUCUGGCAAGCGGAGGCGAGCUUCGCCGGCAGAGGACAGCGGACGAUCAAAACGUCGAUGA